AGUCUCCUGACAGUCGCCAAGACGUUUCUGACAUUCGUGGUCUACAACGAAGGUAUUUGAAUUGGGUCUAACAAAUACCAAACGAUAGUCUUGCAAAACAAUAGCCCUCGUAAUUACACUGCAGAGACAGACAAUAUAUCCGUAAUAUUCGCAUGACGUGAUAUUCGAGUGAACUUUCAAAGCUUGGGACCAUGGAAAACGUUAUAGAUGCACACUGGUUUUCCUUAGCAUCGCAAGGGAACAUUUACUCGAUGACUAAAUUAUGUUCUAAUAAUUGUAACAAAGUAUUGGUUGCAUCGUUGAAGAGAAAGAUAUACACCUGCGAGUAUCAUCGUACUCCAAAGCAAAGUCUGAGACCGUUGGUCAAGGAGUUACUCUUCACAUACAUUCCUAGCGGAGCAGAAAUUGUUGCAAUUGAUGCAUAUAAUAAGUCUGAAACUGGAAAUGAAUUUGUAAUAGGAAUAACUAUCUUGAAACCUAGCGGAGAGACUUCGGUGGAGAGAUAUUUAAAUAUUUACACUGAAGGGGAGGGUGAUGGGGAAGGUGACGAGAGUAGUUCCAUAGAAGCAAUUGCGCAAAAUUGUCUUAUGGUUGAAUUAUCAUACACACCUUACCAAUUAUAUCAUACAGUAAUACCGCACAAAGAUUUAUCCAAUGAGAUUGUUUGGUUAUUGUCUGGAAGCGAUUUUGAAGUACAUAUGAUUCGCGAAGAUAGAGGAAGUCAUGGAUACGCUGAAUCAGCUAUUGAAAAUUACUUUCCAGAACUGAGCAACCUGCUAGCAAUUGCAUUGUGCAUCGACAUAUACUAUUACAAGAAUUUUACAAGGAGAAUAACUGUAGUGGGUUGUGAGUGUGGAUUAGUCAAGAUUGCAAUAAUGAAUGUAGAAGAGUUAAAAGUAAUUGAAAGUUGGGUACUAAGAUAUGAUAAUCCUAUAUCCAGUGUGAAGAUAUUUCCACAUGAAAAUACUGUGUCAAAGCCUGCAUUUUUUAAUUCCGAAGACAAAGAUAUUGAUAGUGUUGACGAUGAGAAGGAGCCUAUCUUAAACAUUCUCCUCGUCAAUUCAGUGAAUCCUUCGGUUGUUUUCAUGAAUAUUUUGCAUCGUGGUGUGAGCGAAGAUGUGACUUUAGCUGGUAGCGAAUUGUCUGACUGUGUUGUAUGUUCUUGCAUAGCAGAUAUAAACAUGGAUGGUCGUAAUGAGAUACUGUUAGGUACAUAUGGCCAAGAAAUUUUAGUAUAUACAUUAAAUGACGGCAAUUGGGAUUUGACUGAGAAACGAUUAUUCGAAGCUCCUGUACAUUCGAUUUGUUACAUGGAUUUGACUGGCGAUGGAAUGAAGGAACUUGUUGUUUUAACACAACGUGGCGUUCAUAUUUUACAGCACGAUCCAAGGGACGUUAAAAGAAAAUGGGUAGAGCGUUUGAGAAAAAUAAUGGCAACGAGAAGUGAGCACUGAAGAAACAAUAACUUUUUAUAUAAAUAUAAAGUAAUGAUAGAUGUAACAAAUAAUAUUCAUUAAUAUAUUUCAUCUAUAGCAUGUUAAAGACGUUCUCACUGAAUUUAUUCGAAAAAUAAUAUUUACAUUGCCGAGUAUACCAUGGAAUUGCCAUUUUUAUAAUCAAUCUGAUCAACCAAAACUGUAAAUCAUUAAUACAAGUUGAUAAUAAAACCUAGUCAAUCUUUUAA